GAUAAGAUCGAUUACACAUGACUAAUAUUAAAGCCUUUAUCUGCAUUGUAAGAUAAUUCAUACUUCGUUCCUUAUCAAGCAUUGACGUGGUAAAUUGUAAGGUCACAUGCUUUGAUUGGACUGCAUUGCAAAUAGGACACUAUUUUGUUAGCAUAACGACUUACGUCUUAAGUGGGAAGUCAUCGUUUGCAAAUACAAGUUACAGCGUAGUGGAAAUGUGGUGGAAGAGUGCAAUCCCUCAUCAUCUGCCGUUUUCAGAAGGACCUUAUGUGCCAGGAUGUGCUGAUCUGAUGACAGAAUAUUCAUCUGCUGGCUGUUUUAUAAGACUCUACUACCCAACUUCCUUGUCCCACAUCAAGAAAUAUUCAGCAAGGUGGAUUCCUUGGCUUGCAGAUGAUAUGUACUUGGAGGGAUUUUCACGUGUACUGCAAAUAUGGAAGUUUGUGCUCAAGUUUGUUAUCUGGUUACUGGCAGGCAAUUGCCAUAUUCCGGUGGUGUGGAAUGCAGAUGUUCAGCAAGAAGGUAGAAGACUACCUGUCAUUGUCUUCUCACAUGGCCUUGGUACAUCACGUUUCUUUUAUUCUACCGUCUGUACAGAGCUAGCAUCCCAUGGCUUUGUGGUAGCAGCAGUUGAACACAGGGAUAACUCAGCUUCUGCUUCAUACUAUUACAAAUCGAAGGAUACACGUGCCAGUGCUACACCUUUCUGGAUAAAGUUUAAAGUGAUAGGUCAGGGACCUGGGCACUACCCAGCAAGAAAAAAGCAGGUAGAAAAGAGGGUACAAGAAUGUAGGAGAGUGAUUGAUUUAUUGGAGAAACUAAAUGGUGGAAUAUCUGUUGAUAAUGUUCUUGGCAAAGAUUUUGAACUUGGACAAUUCAAGGACCGAUUAAAUCUGACAAACCUAACCAUGAUGGGACAUUCAUUUGGCGGCGCUACAGCUCUUCUGACUCUUGGACGUGAUUACCGUUUCAAAUUUGGUGUCAUAUUGGACCCAUGGAUGUUUUCCCUCAAAGAAGAAUUAAAUCUACCAAGCACAGUUAAACAGCCAUUGCUGUUUAUAAAUACUGAGACAUUUCAUAUAGCACCAAAUUUUUAUGCUGUAAAGAAAUACACAGACACUACAUCAAAUGGGUGUGGCAAGAGAACUGUCUUCACAAUAAGAGGAACAACCCAUGAAAAUCAGACUGAUACUCCCCACCUUGUGGGAUACUGGCUAAACUGGAAGAUGAAGAAGCUUCCCCCUAUUAUAGCAUCUAGAAUCAACAACCUUCUUAUUUUGGAUUUCUUACAAAAACAUAUAGAACUUUGUCAACCCGAACAACUGGAGAAGAAAUAUUUCACACUCUCAAUAAUUACACAAGAGACAAAGGGAUCCAAUGAGAAAAAUGUGUGGGCUUCUGUUCGGAUGGAGCUCGUGCCCUUACAGGCAGGCAUAGUGGGGUUGUUUCUAAGGUCAAGGAAGUAGCUCCAGAUAUGAAUUGGGUACACUGUUUCAUACAUAGGGAAGCGUUGGCUCCAAAAGAAUACCACCAGAAUUUAAAACUGUGCUAAGACAAAGCUGUAAACUAGUUAAUUUUAUUAAGGCUUGACCAUUAAGUAACAGGUUAUUUUCUGUACUCUGUGAUGAAAUGGGCAGUAAAUAUACAAAACUUUUACUUCAUUCUGAAAUUCGCUGGAUUUCCAGGGGUAGAAAAAAAUACUAACAAGGUUAUUUCAAUUAAGGCACAAAGUUUUACUGUUUGUAAAUGAACGUAAUACUGAUUUUGCAUCACUCCUUGUUGAUGAAGCAUGGUUAUUAGCACUAUCCUAUCUUUCAGACAUUUUUCCUAAAUUAAAUGAACUAAAUCUCUCCCUUUAUGGAAAUUCUUAAACUGUUCUUCGUGCCUAUGACAAAAUGAAGGCAUUCAAGAAAAAACUGGUGUUAUGGAUUAGUUCUGUAAAAGACAGAAAAUUUGCACUUUUUCAAACAUUGGAAUCCUUUUUAGUGGAAAAUGAUAUUUUGGUUGAAUCUGAGUUUCUGGAGAGGGUUUGUGACCACCUCAAAACUGUGAAACAGAAAUUUGAAACAUAUUUUCCGAAUAACUUUUAUGAGAAAUUUCUGUGGGUUUGCCAUCCAUUUCCAGCUUACAAUCACAAAAACGACCUUUCGUUAUAGAAAAAAAUUGAGUUAAUUAAGCUUUCAAGUGACAGUGGGCUUAAAAUGCAAUUCCGUGUUCUUGGUUUGGUUCGAUUCUGGAUCUCGCCCUCAGUGAGAAGUGAAUUUCCCGAAUUAUCUGAAGAAGCACUGAAAAUCAUCAUGCAGUUUUCAAUAACCUAUCUUUGUGAGAAAGGAUUUUCAUUGCUCUUUCAAAUAAAAACAAAAUAUAGAAAUCGUCUUCGUGUGAGUGCCGAUCUUCAACUGAAGUUGACCAAUACUGAGCCAGAUAUCCAGGAACUCUGUAAGGGCCGACAAGCUCAACAAUCAAUCAAUCAAUCAAUCAACAA